AUGUCCAAGCUGCUAGCGCCCGUGCUGUGCCUGCUGCGCAAGCGGCUGCUGCUCGUGCCGCUCGUCGUCCUCGUCGCCGGCUUCCUCCUCCUGCGCCAGUCCUCGCCGACGCUGAGCCGCGUGCACUGGCGCAGCGACUGGUCCUGGGUCGACAUGGGCUCCUCGGGCAUGGCCCCGAUGCGCCGCUACCACUCCUUCGAUCACGCCUCCAUCGACGUCCGCUUCCUCGCCCGCGACGACCAGCGCUGCAGCCGGGAGCAGAUCUUCCUCGCCACGCGGGGCUCCGACACCGAGCCCGGCGCCGUCAUCCUCGACCACACGGGCGAGCUGGUCUGGCGGCAGCCGCGCAUGGCCGCCGAGGUGCACGACUUUCGCGUCCAGGAAUACAAGGGCGAGAGGUUCUUGACCUUUUGGGCUGGCGCGCCGGACGGCGGGGGGAAGCAAGGCUUCUGGUACAUGAUGGACGACACAUAUACAAUUCGACACAACAUCUCUGCCCCGGGCUUCGAAUUUGGCGACAUGCACGAGUUUGAGCUCACCGCCAACGGAACCGCGCUCGUCACCAUCUACAAUCCAAUUCCAGCUAACCUUAGCGCACUCGGAGGAGCAGCACAGGGCUACAUUCUCGACGGCGUCUUUCAAGAAAUUGAACUCGAAACCGGACACGUGCUCUUCCAAUGGAAUGCGUCUGACCACAUCCCGUUGGAAACAUCCAGAAAGCCCAUGAAGGGGUGCAGCGACGACCCGAAAAAGGCUUUCCUAGGCUGCGGCAACACACCCGACGCCGCCUUCGACUACUACCAUAUCAACAGCAUACAGAGAGAUCCCAAGGGCAACUACUUAGUAUCCGGCCGACACACAUCAUCACUUACAUAUAUCAAUGGAACCACUGGCGAGCCCAUUUGGCACAUGGGCGGCGACAUGAAUCAAUUUGACGUCGUCCCUCGCGGGACUAGGGUCCUCUUUGCGUGGCAGCACCACGCCCGGCUGCACGACGACGACACGAUCACCCUCCUCGACAACAACGCGUACAACCCAAAGGCCACGCGCACCGAGUCGCGCGCCAUCCGGCUGCAGGUCGAUUUUGCCGCCAUGAACGUCACCCUGCAGACCGCCUACCGCCAUCCGCAGUCCAUCAUGGCCUUUUCGCAAGGAAACGCUCAGGUGCUAGACUCGGGCAACGUGCUCGUCGGCUGGGGCAGCAGCGCCGCCUUCACUGAGUUCUCCGCCGACGGCGAAGUGCUCUGCGACGCGCGCUUUGCGCCCGCAGCGCUCUUCUCCUUUCAGCCGCUGAGCUCGUAUCGCGCCUACAAGGGCAGCUGGGUCGGCAAGCCCCAGGAUGCGCCGCGCAUUGCCGUCACGGGCCGCAAAAUCUACGUGAGCUGGAACGGCGCGACAGAGGUGGCGGCCUGGCGGCUCCAGGGACGUCAGCCGGGCAGCGGUGACGGCGACUUUGAGGACGUUGCCGAGAUUCCAAAGGAGCGCUUCGAGUCGGAGUUUCCGGCGGCCAAUUUGACGAGGACAUAUAGCAGGAUCCGCAUACAGGCCGUGGAUGUGGGCGGCAUGACGCUGGGGACGACGGAAGAGGUUGAGCCGCCGAGCCGCUGGUCGCUGCUGAUUGGCGCCAUUGACUUGCUCGUCGUCGCCGCUGUGGGCGGUAUUGUGGUGGGCUGCGUGUUGCUGGUCGCGGGCGUCGUGAGGUGUAAGAGACGAUGGGGCAAGAAGUCGUCGGCAGGAUACAAGCCUGUUGAGAUGGAUGAUCUCUCAUAG